AUGGCUUUCAUCUUUGGCCUGACUAUUGUUGCCUUUGGCAUGCUCAUGGUUCAAACGGUCUUUUGGGCACAGAUGGAGGAAGAACUUGGAUUGACCGUCACCGAGUUGACAAACGCUCAAUCGGCACAGCUGGCCGGCCUGGCAGUGGGUUGUCUGCUCUUCAUCCCCUUCAGCGUCAAGUACGGAAGAAGGCCAGCCUAUAUCAUAUCCACUGCAGCUUUGACCGCAAGUGCAUGGUGGUCAGCACGGAUAUCGACCUUUUGGGAGCUGAUUGUAUCCAUGCUGCUUUGCGGCCUUGCUGGUGCCAUCAACGAGACCCUGUGUCAGAUGACGAUUGCGGACCUCUUCUUUGUACACCAACGCGGCCUUGCCAACACCAUCUACUUUGUCGGAGUGACAUUCGGAAGCUUUCUCUGUCCACUCGCUGCUGGUGUGCAAGCCACAGUAUAUGGUUGGCGCUGGUCUUACUACACUUUCUCAAUCUGCCUAACAAUCCUCUUCCUCGCCUUCUGCGUCCUGUACGAGGAGACCAAGUAUGUCCCGACCCACGUAGGAACGCCUCAUGUUUUGAGCGCGGCACCAGGUUCGGAGAAUGAUCUUGAAGACACCAAGAAAGGAAAAGACGGUGAAGGUGUCGGCAUCCACCGAGCUCAGUCUCACGUAUCCCGGCUCGGCACCUACAAAGUCAACUCUUAUCGACAGCGAAUGCGCAUGGUCACGCGAACAGACGAGUCCCUCUGGAAACUAUUCAUACUUCCAUUUCCUGCCAUGACGCUCCCUCACAUGAUAUACACUUCAUUACAGUUCGCUCUCGGAGUUGCCGCCCUCGUCGUCCUGUCGAGCCUGACAUCAAUUGUCUUCUCCAUGCCCCCGUACAACUUUGAUGCCUCUGGUGUAGGUUACAUGACGCUUGGUCCGGUGAUUGGAAACAUCUUUGGAAGUAUAUACGCAGGUCCAUUCUCAGAUUGGUUCGUGGUUCGCUGCGCCAAGCGAAAUGGUGGACUCUUUGAACCCGAGAUGCGUCUCUACCCCCUUUGCGUGUCCACCGUGGCAUACGCUGGCGGCCUGGCCAUGUUCGGAGUGACAGCUGACCGGGGCAUGCAUUGGAUUUAUCCUAGCAUCGGCGGUGCACUUUUUGCGUUUGGCUUCGGCUCGACUGGAGCCAUAGCCUUUACCUUGCUGAUCGAUACUUAUCGCGAUUUGACGGCCGAAGUCUUUGUCGGAGUUGCAUUCUUUCGAAACGCCGUUAGCAUUGGCAUCGCUUCGGCUGUGGUGCCCUGGUGGACAUCAAUGGGCAUGAGUAACAUGUUCAUCAUGCUAGGCAUGUUGUCCUUUGGUAUAUGUCUGCUAUAUGUGCCUCUCGUCAUUUGGGGCAAGCAGAUCCGCUCCAGACUCCAGGUUCACUACGAAAAUUUGAUUGCCAAGAAGGGGGUGAUAUGA